ACGUGGUUCCCCUGCAGCCCGAGGUGAGCAGCUACCGGCGCGGGCGCAAGAAGCGCGUGCCCUACACCAAGGUGCAGCUGAAGGAGCUGGAGAAGGAGUACGCGGCUAGCAAGUUCAUCACAAAAGAGAAGCGCCGGCGCAUCUCUGCCACCACGAACCUCUCCGAGCGCCAGGUCACCAUCUGGUUCCAGAAUCGACGGGUUAAAGAGAAGAAGGUGGUCAGCAAAUCAAAAGCACCUCACCUCCACUCCACCUGA